AUAACAAGAUAAGCACAGUGUGAUACAUACGCUUGAAGGAAUCGGACAUAUUAUAAUAUACAAUGAAGACCGUCAUAGUUUGUGUACUGGCUUUGGUCGGGUUGGCGCUGGCCGGCACCGACUUGCACCCGAGAGGCUGCAUCUACAUCAAUGGGAAAUGUGACCGCGACUGCGAGGUCGGCACCCGCGCCUACACCACCGGCUGCGGCUACCUCACCCCCGAGGCGACCUGCGAGGAACCGCACCCGGUGACAGACCAGCGAGGCCAUGUUUGCGACUACAGCGCCUGCUACUGCGAGCCGGGCAUGGUGAGGCACACCCCCACCAAGACUUGCGUCAAGCUCGAGGACUGCGAGAAGCUGGGUAAGGAACCGGAGAAGCUGGAUAAGCAACCGGAGAUACUGGACAAGCUAGUGAAGUAAGAGUAGGUAGACCAGGAGUAACUGGACCAUGACGACAUAACGAUUGAGAAUAAAACGAUUUUUAAAGUG